AUGGGAACCUUCCGUCUCCUUGUGCAUGCAGCAUAUCUAGUUGGACGUGUCAUUCAAUUGGUAUCCGAUCAUCACACUGGGCAGCAAUCAAUAGCAAGAAGACAAAAGCAGCUCUAUUGCACAAUCGACGCACUAGCAAAUGUAUUAGAAGUGGAACGACAGAUAACAAUCGUCUCCGUCAGUGUUGCUCGCAGCACUCUGAAUAGUGCGGUAUUUGUGCUUUAUUCCUUCGGAGAGCCCGGCAACGACGAAUUUGGCGAUAUUUACGACCCGAAUCACCCUAUAAGCAAAUCAGCCCAUGCUUGUGUGAAAUUGACAAACAUAUACAUCAGUGGGGACUUGACAAGUGCGCAAAGCGUGUCCCCAUUUCUUCUAUCUUGGGGGUUCCAUGUCUUCAGAUACUUUUAUAAUCGAUACAAUAUCGAUGGACACCAAGAAAGUUUUGAGCUACUUGAGAUCAUGAGAAAGGGAUUGGAAGCCCUUGGCAAUAAAUGGAAACUUGCCGAGGUCUAUGGGGUUCUUUUAAACGGCAGCCAAGAGGAGACCAUCAAUAAAUAA